UAGAGAAUGGCGUGUUUUUGUUGAAGGGGGAUAUGGGUUUUAUUGUGUUUCUGAGUAUUUUGAAUUUAUAAAGAAUGGGCUUUUAGAAUAUUUUCCAAAUUUUAAGAUAAGUGAGAAGGCUGAUAAGUUUUGUAAAUCUAAAUCGAUUGUGAUUGAGAAGGUGCUUGACAAAAAAAGAGUCAUCGAAAUAGCUGAAAAUACAUUCAAGAAGCGUUUGAUAUAUGUGGAAGAUGAUGAUUAA